UGGCAGUUCGCUGUGGUUGGUGGUUCGAAUUUGACGCAUUGACAUUAUUGACAGCUGUUGUUAUUCAAUGUUCGAUCGUAACUCGGGCUCGAAACAUUCGCGAGCAAAAGAAACCAAACUUAUAAACGAAUUUAUAAAAUAAUAUAAUUCUAAAAUGCAAAGGGAACAGUUAACGUAGCUCAAUAGGCAAACAAAAGUGUGUGUAAUAUAAAGAGAGUACAGUGCUUAAAAACGACGUACACCUUCGAAGUGAUUACUGAUUACAAAUAAAAUAAUAUUUGAAAUAUUUAGAGUAUUUUGUUGAGACAAUGGACGCGGCAGGGUCUAUUAACACUGAAGCUUUAGAUAAUAUUGAAAAUGACGAGGAAGUUAUCGAUGAUUCCGAGGAGAGAGAGUUAGUGACUGACUCAUGUUCGACGAAGGUUUUGGACACGGGCGAACAGCCGCGGGACAAUUACUGCAUUGUUUAUAUACUCUUCUAUUUGUUUGGGGUCACUUCACUAGUGCCCUGGAAUUUUUUGAUCACUGCUAACGAUUACUGGAUGUACAAGUUCCGUGAUGUAACUCCGAGUAACAUAACCAUGGUUACGAUGGUGCGGAAGACACAGUUCCAGGCCGAGUUCACGUCAUACCUGAAUGUAGCCACUGCUAUACCUAACUUAUUAUUUCUCAUCCUGAACUCUUUGUAUGGGCACUUGAUACCAUUAAAGGCAAGACUGCAAGGGUCCUUGAUAGUGGUGACCAUUUGUUUUCUGGUGACAACCUCUUUGGUGCAGGUGAACACAGAUGACUGGCAGAACACAUUCUUUAUCAUUACGAUGGUGUCCGUCGUUAUCAUGACUGCUGCCAGUGCGGUCUUCAUCGGAGGCCUGGUGGGCAUAGCAAGCAGAUUCUCAAAGGAAUACAUGGCGGCUGUGGUCAGCGGACAAUCUCUAGGCGGCAUACUCGCGGCCAUCGCCCAAAUCAUAUCUCUCGCCUUCAAGAUCUCACCACUCCACAGCGCGCUCAUAUACUUCGUGAUAGCCGAUAUAAUGGUCAUCACAUCCCUGAUUUCUUACAUCAUGCUGUAUAAGAUUGACUUCUUUACAUAUCACAUUUUGCGCGGCUGCGGCGGUAUCGCUUCGAACAGGCAUAGGGAGGUGUUCAUGACGGUGAUUAUCAAGAAGGUUUGGGUGUACGCCUUCAGUAUAUUUGCGGUGUUCGCUAUCAGUAUGUCUGUGUAUCCAGCUAUUACUGUGCUCGUUGAAUCUCAUCCAGCUACCACGGGAACUGAUUGGAAUAAUAUAUUCUUCGUACCGGUUGUUAACUAUUUGAUAUUCAAUUGCGGUGAUUACGCUGGUCGAUUGGUAGCCGGAUUCUUAUUACGACCAAUGAACCAAUGGAUAAUAGCGUGCGCGAGCGUGUUGCGCGUGUUCGGCGUCCCGAUGCUGAUGCUGUGCAACGCUCAGCCGCGGACGCACCUGCCCGUCCUGUUCCUGUGGGACUGGGAGUACAUCAUCAUCAUGAUAGUGUUCGCCUUCACCAACGGCUACCUCACCAAUAUCGUCAUGAUCAAUUCUACCAGGGUUGUAGAACUUCACGAACGCGAGAAGGCGUCAGGUCUGAUCGCGACGAUGCUGAGUGUCGGCUUAUGCGUGGGGGCAGCUGUCGGUAUGCUGUUAGUACAUCUAUUGUAGACAGACUGGAGCGAAAGCGGUAUGUUGACAGAAAUAAUGUUAUAUCUACAUUCAGUUAUAAGUAAAGAAUCAAUUCAAAAGCGUAUCAUACAAAUAUGAUAUCAAACUAUUAAAGUAAGCCAUGUCACUGACCUGUUACUACUGAUACAUAAUACGCAAGCCAUGUGUUUCGAUAACAAUGAAAGUUAGAACUUCGAAUCAUUUAACUAAACUAUAAAAUUUGAACACUAAUUCGUUUUAUUGAACAGGCAAAUUGAUAAAGAAGGUUCUAACUGUUUGUUCCUUUUUUAUAGACUGUUGUUAAUCAAUAAAAACUUUUUUAUUAUAUUUACAUACAUAUGUAUAUACCAGCUUCAUGAGAAAGUUGAUCGUGUUUUUAACAUACUUUAAUUCAAAUGUAGAUAUAACAUUAUGUGUCUAUAUACCAAAAGGAUAGUAUUACUAGGCCGCGGGCGGCACUGGCUUGCAUCAUGACAUGAAACAGUAACUCUGUGUAAUAUGAACGCGCGCCUUCCACAGUAAAAGACAAGGUACAUUUCUCUGCUAUACUGUGAGCGCUUAGACCAAGUUGCCGUUGCGAAAGCGAGAAAGAUGAACACGCUACACGUAGCGAUGUCUCGCUUUUACAAAGACAAUUGGCCUUACAAAUUUGUAACUGGAAUUACAAUGCAGGAGUGUAAAGUAUUUAGUCUCUAUUUAUAAUAUUUGUAUUAUUUAAUGUUAAAAUGUAAUGAGGUAAUUAUACAUACUUCCCAGUCUUCUAAUAAAAUUUAUAACUGAAACCCAUUUUGUAAUGUUCUUGUUUUGUUUAAACUGGAUAAUUCCCAUUCUAUUAAUAUAUUUCAGUGUGUUAUUCUGGUAAUAUAAUAUUUAUAAUUACCUCAUUACAUUAGUCUAAUCGUUGCUUCCCGUAUCAUAUCUUAUUAAAAUAAAAAGUAGUUUAGCUAAUGACUGCAUAUGUUAAUAGCAAACAAAUACUUAAGAAGUAUAUAUCGGUGUAAGCUUUUGUACAGAUUACCAUUGAAUAAGUUGAAUUUGUACACAAGGCAACACAAGUCUCUGAAACUCGAUAACUAGUCUCCAACAACAUUAACCUCUCAGACCGGAGGUUGUCUGGUUCUGGUCGCUUGGAAAACUUGCGUUGCCUUGUGUACGAGACUAACAUGACAACAUCAGUACUAAAGUUAAUAACGACUUUAUAACAAGGCAGUAAGGUGUAUAAUUGUAGUAAGACCUUACUACAGACGAACGAUAAUGAGAUUGACAAAGUAGUUACAAAUAUUUAUUAUGCUUGUGUGUCUUCUGAUUACGCUCAUUUAAUGAAUGAAAAACAUUCCUAACUUAUUUAACUACCCGUUUAAGUUUAAGUAUAAUUUGUAUAUAAGCUGUUUAGAAGUUCUUUUUUUUUACUCUUCCAUAAUGUUUAGAGGUUGCUUUUUUUUAUUAUAAUAUAAGAAAAAGGAAUAGGUGCUCUUGAGCAGUUUAUACAAUAAUUUAAUAACGUCAGAUGAACUUAAAUCAACACAGUCAAUUUAAUAUUCAGUUUUGUAAGUCAUGUUAUGAUUCUGAAUCUUCUAAAUUCAAUCCACCAAACGUUAUAUGAUAAAACCAGUAAUAUUAUACGAAAAAUCAAACAGUAUGUUUAAGAGAAUUACAGAAUUUGUAAGAGUAACAAAAAUCAAUGUUAAAUCAGUGCAAUAAAUAUUAACAAAAUAUUAAAGAAUAUUCGUUACCAUUUAAUUAUUUAAGUGUAUGUAAUGUGUUAGAUCUCAAUUAGAUUUAAUUACUACUAUAGUAGGACAAAUGAUUGGUUAAGUUUCUACAAAUGUUUUAAUAUCUUUAUGUAUGUUUAUAUAUAUAUAAAUUUGUCGACUCAAAUCAGUUUACACCUGAUUUUAAGUUCGGCCUUCUUUCAGGUGCUUUAUCCAAAAAGUUUAUAGUUAUUCAGUUGUUCACAUUGAUGUAUAAAAAUCACACACAGCAUCGUGCAGACAAACAAAACUCAGUUAAAAGUACAUAAAGAGUAUAUCGGUCUACAUUUGACCAUAUCAAGUGCAAUAUGGCGACAAAGCUACCAAAGUCAGAUAAUAGUGUUGGUUACGAAUACAUCAGACAGUUCAUAUAUAGAAUUUAACCUUAUGUCCAUGUCUUAAAGUUCCUUUUAAUCCCCGUCGCAAAAAGAGAGGAAUUAUAAGUUCGACGUAAGUGUGACAUAAUAGCUCCCGAACAGAUUCAGCGAUAUCAAAUUAGUUUUUCUUUGCAUUUAAUAAAAUUCGGUCGAGCCAUGUUUAAGUGGGGGUUUGGGGUGGGUUGAAGGGGAAAAAGUUUUAACCGUCGGGGGUUUUAUAAAUUUAAAAUUUAUGAUUGUUGUUAAAUUAUCCACAGUUACAAUAUGCAGUGUAGAGAUUUUAGGUGUUAUUUCUAAGAUGCUAAGUUUGCUGCUGGGGUUUUUAUACAUCAAUGCUUGUAAUACAGGCUGUGUUUCUGAUCUUCAUUGUCAAGCAUAUUGAAUAAUGCAUGUUAUUUAAUGUACGUUACUGUAUAAUUUUUGUCUUUUGUAUGUGUAUAGUUUAAAGGAAUGUAUAUCAUAACCUAAGUUGUAUCGUAUUGUUGUAAGUAUAUGUGGGAUAUAAAAAGAAUCUAUAAUGUUCAUACUUUCCAAAACGAAAUACCCUACGGGUAAACCUUAUUUGUAAAUGGUGGAUUUCCAAGUAAAAUGCAAAUAAUAAAUACUAUAAUUCAUUUCAUAGUAUUCAAUGAAAAUGAAUCAUACACAAAUAAUUUAUAAGCAGUAAAUGGCAUUUGAAUGCCUAUCAGUGCCAGAGUAAAACAACAAUGCAUUAUAAUUUGUACAAUUUAUAUUUACCUGAUAUUUGUACAAUUUUAUAUUUCCUCUUGAUUUCUUGUUAUUUUUUUAAUAUGUCUCGGCAUAUGACCACAAUGUGAUGAGAGCACAGAUGAGAUUGUUUCAAAUGCUUUUGAUAGAUUGUCUAUGUACUAUUACUACUAUUUACGUUUAUUACACUGCCUGCAAGCUAAAUCGAAACUUAAAUUUCUCUAUACGCAAUCUAUGUAUACAACUUAUAGGAUUAUAUUUCGUUAGAAUGCAUUUGUUAUUGAAUCAAUUUGUGCGAAGAUACAUUUUUUGUACUAUUUAUUUAUAAAUAUGUGCAAUGUAUAAACUAUUAUUUUUAAUUGCCCUAUUUUCGUUUCGUUUUAUGAUAUGAAGACAGGGAAUUUAAUUUAUAUAUUAAAAAGUUUAUAAACAACUAAAUAUGAUAAAGUCGUGAUAAAAUCAUAGGAUUUUUAUGUUAUUAAAUAAUAUAUCUGUCAAUUUUGUGGAUAACAUUCUAAGUAUACAUGUACCUACUUUUAAAUAUAUUAUACACGGUAGGAGCUGAUUGUUAGAUGAUACAUAUAUUGGCAAAACUGUCUUAACUAAAUAUGAAAGACAUAAGACCAUGGUGUCCUAUAGGCGCGAGCUCCCCAAGUCAAGUGGCACUCGACAAUCUGUAUUGAUUGCACAGAAACUACAAGUCAAGUGAGUAAUUGAGGCAAAUUGUUAUUUACAUUCAUUUUCUUGAAUAAUAUUGAAACGUCACUCGGCUUGAGGGACAGGCCUAUUAUCACCUUGACUUGACCGGCCGAUGGCGUUUAUAGGAAACCAGGGUACUUAAUAACAAGAAUAUUGUUAACCAGCAUCGUUACUCCAUAGAUAGCAUAAUUAAUAUUAUAAUAGGUGUGAAAAAUCUUUGAUGUGAUAAAUCGGAGAUUUGGUUUAAUCCCUCCCUUUAAUUUUAAUUAAUUAGUCCUUAGAAAUGAAUGUUCAACCACUUAACUAUAAUAUCUGCAAAGUUGAUUAAUCUGUUGUCAAAUCAAGUGGUUACAAUGGCAGCGUUUAACAUGAGAUUAGGUGACAGAUGUUGAUCUGCAUUUGACAUAACGACUGUCAGUCAGUAUACUCACGUUAUAGACAAGUGUACCCAAUUAAAUGUUUAUUUUCAAAUGUGAUAUGUUGAAGUAUGAAUGAAUUUAAAUAAAUUAUUUAUGUGACUUAA